AUGGCGCAAAUCAAAAGACAAUCCGUGGUUCGUGCAUGGAGAGAGAAGCUAACGCAACAAGACCUUCUAAUACAUCUAGUCCAGAUACGACGCCUUCUUAUACAUCAAGUCGAGGCACCAUUCCACCCACUACUAAUCCAGCGAAAAACAUUCCACGAAAUUUUACGACAUCAGCGCCAGAAUUAUGCGGCGAAAGUCAACUGUAUCCUCCUGGAAAACUCACAAGCCCUCUUCAUCCCCUUUCAUACCCUCACUACUUGGAUUGCAGUUGGACGAUUUCCAGCACCAAUGGAAGAAAAAUUUUACUACAGUUUACUUCAUUCUUGCUGGAAGGUAGUUACGGUUGUGGAUUUGACUAUUUGGAAGUUUAUGAUGGAGAUUCAAAUCCUGGUAUCAUCUGGACUCAAACUCUUCAUCGUGUUUCACUCGGAUUAUAGCGUGUCAGCACCGGGAUUUGUUCUGAACUAUUCAACACCAUUAGAUGUAAAUGAAUGUUACUUUGGAACACACAACUGCGCUAUUGGAGCGUCAUGUGUCAAUACGAAUGAAUCGUUUUACUGCAUUUGUGAAAACGGUUAUACCGGAGAUGGCGUAACCUGCACAGAUAUCAAUGAAUGUGAACUUGGAAUUGAUAACUGUCAUUCUCAAGCAUCAUGUCGCAAUACCAAUGGGUCGUUCGACUGUUCUUGCAACUUUGGCUUUAGUGGAGAUGGAAUAGCAUGCAACGCGACAAGACCUUCUAAUACAUCUAAUCCAGGCACCAUUCCACCCACUACUAAUCCAGGCAACGCGACAAGAUCUUCUAAUACAUCUAAUCCAGGCACCAUUGCACCCACUACUAAUCCAGCUAACGCAACAAGACCUUCUAAUACAUCUAGUCCAGAUACGACGCCUUCUUAUACAUCAAGUCGAGGCACCAUUCCACCCACUACUAAUCCAGCGAAAAACAUUCCACGAAAUUUUACGACAUCAGCGCCAGAAUUAUGCGGCGAAAGUCAACUGUAUCCUCCUGGAAAACUCACAAGCCCUCUUUAUCCCCUUUCAUACCCUCACUACUUGGAUUGCAGUUGGACCAUUUCCAGCACCAAUGGAAGAAAAAUUUUACUACAGUUUACUUCAUUCUUGCUGGAAGGUAGUUACAGUUGUGGAUUUGACUAUUUGGAAGUUUAUGAUGGAGAUUCAGCAAAUACGACGAAACUGGGCAGAUUCUGUGGAAACCAAUUACCAAGAAGCCUGGUAUCAUCUGGACUCAAACUCUUCAUCGUGUUUCACUCGGAUUAUAGCGUGUCAGCACCGGGAUUUGUUCUGAACUAUUCAACACCAUUAGAUGUAAAUGAAUGUUACUUUGGAACACACAACUGCGCUAUUGGAGCGUCAUGUGUCAAUACGAAUGAAUCGUUUUACUGCAUUUGUGAAAACGGUUAUACCGGAGAUGGCGUAACCUGCACAGAUAUCAAUGAAUGUGAACUUGGAAUUGAUAACUGUCAUUCUCAAGCAUCAUGUCGCAAUACCAAUGGGUCGUUCGACUGUUCUUGCAACUUUGGCUUUAGUGGAGAUGGAAUAGCAUGCAACGCGACAAGACCUUCUAAUACAUCUAAUCCAGGCACCAUUCCACCCACUACUAAUCAAGGCAACGUGACAAGACCUUCAAAUACAUCUGAUCCAGAUACGACGCCUUCUAAUACAUCAAGUCGAG